AUGGGUGAAUCAAUAGGAGUUCGAAUGAUCGAAUUAAUUUAUUGUCGUGAAAAACGUUUAAAAAAAGAAUCUAAGCAUAUAGAAAUUUUACAGUUUAUUUCCUCUGCAGUAUGGAAGUCCCUUUUUGGAAAAAACGCGGAUGGAAUUACUACAGCUGAAGGUGAAUAAUAUGGAUAUUUUAUUAAAGAUUAUAAUCCUUUGAUUUUAAAAUAUAUUUCAGAAGAUGAAAGGAUAGGAGGAGCUGCACUUAUUGUAGGAAUUAUCAAAGGAAUUUUAAAUCAUACAGGGUUUGAUGCUUAGGUUUAUUACUCAACAGUUGAAGGGUAAGAUGAUAAAGAAAAAUAUAUUUCUAUGUAUCCGGCUACUCAUUUUUUUAUUAAAUUUGAGCCGUGGGUUGUUGAAAGGGAAAAAUGA